UCUGUUGGGUACACAUAGUUACAUGUAUUUUGUUUGCCAUUUUCAUGAUUUUCUUCCCGAUGCGAUUAUAGAAUACAAAUGUGAAGUCUGAAGAGUGAAUUUACUCGUCAUCGUAUUCGUAGCACGCUAUAGUACUCAAGCUAGUUUUCGCCAAACUAAGUGUGUUGCUGGUGAUAUGAUCUGUGUUUUUCAGGAACUUCUACAUCAAAAUGUCUGUUGAGGUGCCCCGCAACUUUCGCCUUCUGGAAGAGCUGGAAGAGGGCCAAAAAGGCGGUGAUGGCACAAUAAGCUGGGGACUGGUCACCGCCGAUGACAUGAAGAUGAUUAAAUGGAACGGCAUGAUUAUAGGGCCCCCUCGGACGACUUAUGAGGGCCGGAUUUAUAACUUGGAGAUGGAGUGUGGACCCGAGUACCCAAAGCAGCCGCCCCUCGUGCGCUUCACCACUAGGAUCAAACUUCAAGGAGUAAGCGAGAAUGGCUAUGUCGACAAGAGCCAGUUCCCCACUCUGACAAAGUGGAGUACAUCAUAUAACUUGAAGGCAGUGCUAACGGAUAUUCGGCGCACCAUGACAACCAAGGCAAACAUGAAAACAUCGCAGCCGCCCGAAGGAGCUCGAUAUUAAGUAAAUCACCAUUCUGUUGAAACCCCCACCACUUUAUCUGUCAUUAUUAGCCAGAAAAAAACGAAAACAAGCAAAACAAACAUGGAUAUACAUAUAGUAAAAUAUAUUACGCAGCCUUCUUUACAGCCUUUUAUUUGUGACUUGUUCUCCUGAAGUGGGGUGGACUUCGUAGAUGUACAGUGUAUGUUAGUGCACCCCAAGGAGUUAAAAAUGCGACAAUAUUUCUGUGAUUGAAGGAUAUUUUAGUCCGGAAUUUGCCCAACAGAAGGGAGUUUAUGAUUAGCAACACAGCAGCUCCAAAUGGCAGUGGUGGGGGUGGGGAGGGCUUGACGGGGAGGGAUGGAGGGAGAUUUUUGAAAAGCUGCCAGUUACUGGACAGUUUGUUGAUCUUGUACAGGGUGUCCCCCCCCCCCAAAUAAAUAAAAUUAAAACGAACCCUCAAAGCACCUUCUUUUUUCACAGCUUUAAAAAUAAAAUUACACAGAUAUCGAUACCUAUAAACAAGUAUAGUUCAUUAGCUUUUCAACUUGGAAAAAAUUUCCAAUUAGAAAAAUAUUUAGUGAGUUAUGGUUAAUUGAAAACAAGUACCGUUUUUUGUUUUGUCCACUGCGACUGAUAUUUGACUUGCGCAAUAAGAACAAGGGCCGAAACUUGCAUCCGUGAAAGAGGCUACCAAGUAGAGGGCAGAGCAGCACAGUAAACAUCCAAGAAGUUAACCUAACAAUCCUUUCAAGGACUAAAAUUUCUUCCAAAAGGAGAAAUGACCAGUGUCGCAAAAUAUGGGGGAACAAAAAAACAACAUAAAAAAAGAAACAUUGAAAAAUUUAAGAAAGCAAAUUUACCCUAACCCCAAAUCCAUUACAUUCCUAGUAAACGACAAUUAAGACCGUGGACAGAACGAAACAUCAGCACUUUUUUUUAAUUGGCCAUAACUCAAUACUCAAUAAAUAUAUACCAGAUUGGAAAGAUGUUUUCGUUGUUGAAAAGCUAAUGAACCACAGCAGACUGGGACCUUAAGUGCUCAAAAUGAUGCAAAAGAAGAUCUGGCCAACUUUACUCACUCUUUAGCCAGCAAAUUUCUCCAAAACUGUCAUUGGGCAAAGAAAAGUUUCUCAGUAUUUCACCAACCAAGUUUGCAUACUCAAAUCAAUUUUUAAAGGUUUUUUUUUCUUCGAUAUUUGGCAGUGGCUUGCACAAGAGAGGGAACUCUAGUGAUUUUAAAAUGAGGCUAAAGACUAGACUUCUACACGUCCAUCCAUGGUCCAACUGUUUGACAAGACGGACUUCUUCAUUCAUUAUCAUUAGUCUGGUGCCUGACUAAGGACAAAUGUGUAGAAUACAAAUAGUGACCUAGUACCCGACAUCCUAGAUAUUUCUUUUGGCACAGUCAGCUGACAGUUGAUUGAUGCAGUACAUGUACUGAAGAGUUGUUGGACUGGUUGUUUCAGGUGCCAGUCUAUUUUCUUCUAUUGCAUGUUUUCAAUACCUCAAGUUUUGGGACUCUCAUAAUACAGUAUUGAGAGUCCCAAAUUUCUGGACUAGAACUACAUCAUACAUGUACAUGUAUUCCCUCCCAAUAGGUAUCGAAAUUUGCGAUGUACAUUUUUAAAAGCUGUGAAAAAGAGGGUGCUUUGAGGAUUUAGUUUUUUUAGGGGGGGGGGGUCACCCUGCAUAUGCAACACCAUGGAGGAUAUGACACGAUGCAAACGAAGCUUUUGGUAGCUACAUGUUGGGAGGUAGUACUUUAAAACCAGAGACGCUAUAAAACCCAUGCUUGGGGCCAGACUUGUAACGCCCUUGGGUGCAGAGUCAAUUUGUUUUUCAGUAAACUGCUGCUAUGCUUGUUUUUGCAUUGUGAAUCUUUGCAAUAAAAACAAUUAUGAUAUACAUGUACAUGUACGUAUAAAUUUGAUAAAGACAAUAAUGCUCAAAUAGUAAAUGUGAAUUAGAGAAAACUGGCACACUUUUUUUUUUAUCCCAGAGUAAUGCAGAGCUUCUGAAGAAAAUACUAAGAGUGUAUCAAAAAACAAAUCGCACAUGAGAAUUGAAAAAAGAAGAAGUUUUAGGCACCUGAUGGACGUGUGUAAUUAUGUGGAGGUGAUGAAGUAACCACUUAUUUAUUAGCAAUACACAGUUCCUAACUGUGUUCCGAUUACAUGCUAAUAGGGGAAUAUCAACCACUUACGUAUUUGGAACUUAUUUGUGAAUAUCAUAGUUAACCGAUACCUGAGAUCUCUGUUUGUAGAUUAUUGUUUAAUUAUUUAAACCCUACUCUACCAAAUUUAAUUGUCAGAUUUCUUUCCCUUCGUUCUUCCCAACAAGAUUUGUUUUUUGGGUUUUUUUUCAAAGUAAAUCCAAAAUUAUACAUCGUUAAACACCAGAAAAUAUUUUAGCCCUCUCAAUGUAAUUAAAAUGUACUCCACUUAACAUACAUGCGGGCCAUACAGUUCUGGUGUUAUUGUGACUUAGGUGAGACUAAAGCAAGUGUAACUAACUAGUGACAUUCAGUGAUGGAGUGAGAAGGUAAAGUCAGUUGGGUGCAUGUACAAAGCAGACUAGAGACUGCCCGCUUUGGGUCUAGCAAAGAGUGUUCUCAGCCUCGACUCCAUGGGCGCGUGCACGUUCCUUCACUAACCCCUGGCCCCGAGGAAUACGUAAACAAAACUGAUUGACUAUUCAGUGCAUACUGGGUGCGUAUUUCGAAGACUGCACGCUCUAUAUGCGCUCGCGCCCCCCCCCCCCCCCCCCCGAAAAAAACCUGUAUCUUGUAUUGUGAAAGGGAUGACAGAGGUACGUACAUUUAAUAUAUAUCCUUUCUCUGUCGCAUGAAAUCAAAAUCUCAUGUUUUAAGGAUUGAUUCUAC